AGCAAAAACAAGUCAUACCAUUGGAAUUAGCUAACUUUCAUUUUUCAUUUAAAAGUGCUAAUUACUCAGGAGAAAUUUUGUCUUAAGAAUAAAUUGCAACAAAAUGGAUAAAACUAUCCAGGAUCAUUCUUCAAGGCCCCUACCCCCAAACCUCCAAUAACUCACAGUUCAAAGGUCUCUAAGCUGUUAGUUCUAUUGUACAUCGUAACCAAUGAAGGAUGGAAUUAUUUGGUAGGACAAUGUGUGCUACAACUUUUAGUUAAAAAAAUCGAGUUAGUGAUUUAGAAAAAAAAAAAAAAAGGAAUGACUGUUACAAAAUCUGUUUAUUGAAAGUUGAGCGUGUAUGUUUUUUAUGACUAGGAUUGAACCUUCCAGGCCUCCGGCCUGCUAGGCAGAGUUCUACUGCUGAGCUACGCCUCCAGCCCAUUGCAUGUGUGUUGUUAUUAGCAUCUUUAUGUUGGCGGUGAAGGAAGAUUGCUAGCAACUCUUGACAGAAUAUCCUCACAGUCACUGAGGGGGUGACAUGCAGUAAGAACUUGCUGUCUAUUAGUAGAUCUUUGUUUGGAAGAAUGUUACCUUUGGAGUCUGUACUUUUUUUUUUUUUUUCACUGUAGGAAGGUUCAGCUUUGUUGGGUAAUGAUUAAUUUUAUGAAAGUGUCUCAUCCAGAACUCCUUGUAUUUCCUUCUGGUCUGGAAGGAGAGAAACCCAGGAGUGUUUGUAAGCUGAUUUAGUUACAGACUGCUGGUGGUGCCGUUUGGAGCUCGCCCCUUUCUCUCGUGACUCACCCCAUCGUCUUGCAUUUGGCCAUGUGUUUUCUUAGCAACGGCUGCUGAGCUCAGGUCUGAGCAGGGGUACGUCUGUGUCUGAGAUGGGCAUGCUGUAACCUCCACUGAGGAGAGAAUGGCAUCUAGUCCUGUGCUUCCCGUGGACAAUGAGCAGGUUUCCUCCGGCAUUGAUGACCUCCACAUCUCCCUGCAAGCUGAACAGGAAGACACACAGAAGAAAACCUUCACCUGCUGGAUAAAUUCACAGUUGGCAAAGCACACGCCUCCCUCGGUCAUAUCAGACUUAUUCACAGACAUUAGAAAGGGCCAUGUUCUCCUCGACCUGUUAGAAGUACUCUCAGGACAGCAGUUGCCUCGAGAUAAAGGAUCUAAUACAUUCCAAUGUAGAAUCAAUAUAGAACAUGCCCUGACAUUCCUAAAAAAUCAAUCAAUCAAGCUAAUAAAUAUUCAUGUUACUGAUAUUGUGGAAGGAAACCCAUCCAUUAUUCUUGGCCUGAUUUGGACCAUUAUACUGCACUUUCAUAUCGAGGAGCUCACCCAGACGCUUUCUGGCAGUUACAGUCAACCUCCUGUGGAUGACGUGAGUGUGCCAGAUUCACCUGCUGCUUCAAGUCCACCGGCUAAGAAAUGCUCCACAGCCCAAGCACGGUGGCAGCUGUCCGCAAAGAAAGCCCUUCUCGUGUGGGCCCAGGAGUGCUGUGCCUCGCAUGAGUCCAUCAGCGUGACAGAUUUUAAGUCAAGCUGGAGAAAUGGGCUGGCCUUUUUGGCUGUCAUUCAUGCCUUGCGACCAGACCUAAUUGAUAUGAAGUGUGUGAAGCAUAAAUCCAACAAGGACAAUCUGAAAGAGGCCUUCACAAUUGCAGAACGAGAAUUGAAAAUCCCCAGAUUGCUGGAACCCGAAGAUGUAGACACUGUUAAUCCUGAUGAAAAGUCCAUCAUGAUGUACGUGGCACAGUUUCUACAGUAUUCCAAGAAUGCACCUGUGAUUAGAAGUAAAGCGCAGAGCAAGGUGGAAGAUGCCGUGGCCUGGCUCACCCUGCAAGAGGAAAAGCUACAGCAGGUGCAAAAGGACACAGCAAAUGAGACCUACUAUAAUAAGUAUCAGAGACUGCUGUCCUUUGUGGAAUCAUUGAAUGAAGAAAAAAAAUCCUUCCUGGACCUCCUGUCCCUGAAAGGGAAUGCCCAGGAGCUGAGUGAAGAUCAGAGACUGCUGACAGAAGGCUGGAAUGGUCUCCACUGCCAGAUUAACGCCUGGAAAACCAAGCUGGAGGACGCCUUGCCCCCACCCCUGCGUGACACCCAAGCCUGCCUGCGGGAGGUGGAGGAGCUGGCAGAGGAAGCCUUGUCAGCCUCCCAGGAUUCCUCUGACCCCGUGGCUCUGACCCAGGAAAAAAUGACUGUGUUUAAGAAUCUGAUGGACAGAUUUGACUAUCAUUCGAACAUUCUCCUGACCUUUGAAAAUAAAGACGAGAAAGAUUUGCCGCUGGUACCGCCUGACAAAUUGGAGGAAAUGAGAAGACGACUCAACAACAUUUUGGAGAAAAAAUUUAUUCUACUUCUAGAAUUUCAUUACCAUAAGCGUUCAGUUCUUGGUUUGCUAGAUGAAGUGAAAUCCAAAUUGGAUGUCUGGAACAUCAAAUAUGGGAACAGAGAAUCUGUGGAAUUAUUGCUGGAAGACUGGCAUAAAUUUAUUGAAGAAAAAGAGUUCCUGACUCAACUUGAAGCUUCUUUUCAAAGAUGUGGAGAAAUUUAUAAGAAUUUGGCUGGUGAAUAUGAAACUAUUAAUGAACAAUACAUGAUUAUGGAACAGAAUGUUUGUAUGUACAGAAAAAAUAUAGAGAAUGUGAAAUCAGCUUUGCAAAAAGUCCUGGCAUGUUGGGCUACUUACUUGGAAAACCUUCGUUCAUUAAAGGCUUACUUUGAGGACACAAAGAAGGAACAAGUUACAGAGGUCCCCUUUGAGAUGCUCUCCCAGUGGAACGCAGACCACACCACUUUAAAUGAAGUGGGGCAUUUGCUAAUUGAAGUCAGCAAUGAUGAGGUGGGAUCAUCUAUUUCUAAAGAACUGAGAAGACUGAAUAAAAGAUGGAGAAAGUUUAUCACAAAAACCCCACUCGAAAUGAAACUACCACUUACAAAAAAAAGGGAUGAGCCCAUUCCUGAAGAUUCUGGAACUAGUCUACCAUUUAAACAAGAAAAACUGCCUGUUGAUUUUUCAAUGGAUACCGCAGUAGAAGCUCCUGAAAAUCACAAUCAGAAUGUAAAGGCCAUGGAAGAUUAUGAACGAGAAAAUGAAGAAUCCCCAGAACAACUGAAAGUGUCUGAAGAGGUUGAAAAACUCACUGGACAAGUGGAAAUCUGGGAGGCAGAAACCAGAUCUGUCUUGGAUCUUCUGAGACAUCAAGAUGCCAUGGAUAGCUCCUUGGAAGAGGCUUUGCAGCAUCUCAGUGCCAGAGGCUCUAUGUAUGAAGAACUUCUGGCCAGAACUGAAGAUGCUUUACAAAUGGAUGUUCAGAAUAUUUCAGGGCCAGAGUCUCUCCAACAUGUCCUCACGGGUGGCCUUCAAGCAAAGAUUCAAGAAGCUAAUGAGAAAAUACAGAUCACCAUGGUAAAACUGGUCACAGCACUGAAGAACUCAGCAGAUGCAUGCCCAGACUCAGACAGCAAGCAGAGGAUGGAAGAGACCCAGCAGGAGUUUGAGUUGUCUGUGAGGAAAGCGGAACAGUUACUUGCACAAAGAGAGAGCCAGAGUGAGCUCAUCUCCAAAUACAAGGAAGCACUAAAAAUUCAUAAUGCAAAUAGUCUGGUCAAGUAUUUGAAAGCCAUUGAAGAACUGAAGCCCAGUGUCUCCGAGGCUGCAAAGCUGUCUCUGGAAGAGAAGAGUAGAGUUGCCCGCGCCAAGUGGGAGUCACUUCAUCAUGAAAUUUCUUUGUAUAUUCAACAACUAAAAAUAGACAUUGAAAAAGGAAAACUUAACGAUACUAUUGCAAAACUUGAAAAGCAAAUAAAUAAAGAAAAGAAACUUAUUCGUAGAGGAAAGAGCAAGGGUCUCAUUAAGGAACAUGAGGCUUGCUUUGGUACUGAUGGCAUCGUGGGCCAGCUUGAUCACCACACUGGCAUCCUGAGGGAGCUGAGUGAAGAGCUGGAUUCGCAGGAGAGGCAACAGGAAGUGAAGAGAGCGCUCAGAGACUAUGAACAGAAGAUAGAAAGACUUCUGAAGAGCGCUGCUGAGGUUCUCACAAUGCUGAAGGCCCCCGCGGGAGGUUCAUCGAAAGUCCAGGGAACCAUGACCGCAACUGAGAAUGGCGGAAAGGAUUCCCAUAGCAAGGGGCUGAUUGCAAAAUCAGAUAAUCAGCCAUCAGCUGCAAAGGCAUCAGAGGCAAUGGAACCCAUUAAGAAUUUCAACCAAGCCUUGGAGUUAAAGCCCCAGGGAGAAGAAAAUGUGGAAAAGAAUGGAAAGGAUGAUAAUGCAUCUGUAAAUAAGCUACAAGAGAGGUAUGAUACACAAAAAGAAAUUCUUGAACUCCAUCUGCAGAACAACAAAUUCAGGAUUACUUCUGAUUUUUCUGAUGAAAAGGAAUGGAGGAGUGCUUGUCUGCAGGAUAAGCUGAAAGAUCUGCAGCUCUUAAAAAAGGAAACUGAUGCUUACUGGAAAGAGUUUGAAAUUGCCUCAUUGACAUUAGAAAGCCUCGUGAGUGACACGGAGAAACCUAUUAUAGUUAAGGCAAGAGAUACAUUAAAGGGAAAAGAAAACGACUUUCAAAUGCCUCUUAAAACCAGAUUGGAGUCCCUUGAGCUGGCACUGCAGGUGGCGUUGCCCGUGGAGGAGUCACUGCUGCUGUGUGACUUGGACCUGGCGCUCAGGGAGGUGGCUGUCCAGGAAUUUCAUCUCAUGGAUGCCGACAGUGUUUACCAAAACCUGAGGAAUAUCCAGGAUUCCAUUGCAAAACAGAUUGCGAUAUGUCAUGAUUUAGAAGAGCCAGGCAACUCUGUGUUAAAGGGAUUACACCCCACUGACAUAGGCGCCACGCAGAACAUUGUGCUAAAAUGCAGAACUCAGCUUGAGCAAACAAGCCACAGGAUGCAGAUGGCUAAGGAUGUCCUGGCCGCCCUGGAGGACUUCUUGUCUUCUGUAGCAGCCGUAAAGCUCUCCAAGGAACUUUUCACAGACCCAUCAGCCCCAGAUGCACAGGGGGCACCAGGAACUACUGUAACAAAAAGAGAUAUGGAAGAAGAAAUUCGGCUGAUGAGCAACAAGGCCAGACAGCUGGACAAGCGCUUAAAGAAGCUUGGCAUCAGCUUUAAAGAUGCUGAGCGAGGUGGAGAUUCCACUUGUGAAAAACUUGUAGAUGCUGUGUCCACAGAGUUACUAGACACACAGGGCCCUGGCACACGGCAGGAACUGGCUGAGGAGAACAAACUAUUAGAGGCCUGUAGCUCCAAAAAUAAUGAGCUCUUUAAAAAUAUCCAAGAUGUGCAGAAGCAGAUGAGUGAAAUUGGCCUUAAGGAUCCCACCGUCCCAGCUGUGAAGCAUCGGAAAAAAUCCUUAAUCAAGCUGGAGAAGGAUCUAGAUGGAUAUGCAGCAGAGAAAAAACACUUGGAAGAAAUGGCCAGUUCUCUUCCACAGUUCAAAGAUGGCAGAGAAAAAAUUCUGAAUGAACAGUGCCAGAAUACUGUCCUCUUGUGGGAUAGCACAAAAACUGCUGUCACUGAGUGUCUUGAACAGUGUGGAAGAGUUCUGGAGCUCUUGAAGCAGUAUCAGAAUUUUAAAAGUGUCUUGACAACUUUGAUUCAAAAAGAAGAGACGAUCAUCUCGCAGCAGGCUUCGUACAUGGGCAAGGAGAACCUGAGGAAGCGGAUGGCCGAGAUUGAAAUUGUCAAAGAAGAAUUCAAUGAACACUUAGAAGUGGUAGAUAAAAUUAACCAGAUCUGUAAAAAUCUACAAUUUCAUCUGAAUAAAAUGAAAACUUUUGAAGAGCCUCCUUUUGAAAAAGAGGCUAAUGUUAUUGUGGACAGAUGGCUUGAUAUAAAUGAAAAGACAGAAGAAUACUAUGAAAAUCUUGGUCGAGCUCUGGCUUUAUGGGACAAACUUUUUAACUUAAAAAAUUUCAUUGACGAAUGGACUGAAGAGACUCUUCAAAAAAUGGGCUCACACCUGCUGACGGAAGAGGACAGAGAACGGCUGAAGGAAGAGUUACGAAUGCAUGAAAAACAAACAUCAGAAUUUUCUAAAAGAGUGGCCGAAAUUCAGUUUCUGCUUCAAAGUAGUGAAAAGCCGCUUGAACUUCAGGUCAUGGAGUCGUCUGUUUGGAAUAAGAUGGAACAUGUGAAAAAGUGUGUAACCGGAGAAGCCAGCAGCUGCGCACUCGGCGGGAGCCAGGCUGAGCUGAGGGAGGAUCUGGACCAAGCCAAGACCCAGAUCGGGAUGACCGAGUCCCUCUUGAAAGCACUGUCUCCUUCUGACAGCUUGGAGAUCUUCACCAAACUCGAGGAGAUACAGCAGCAAAUUCUACAGCAGAAGCACAGCAUGAUAAUCCUUGAAAAUCAAAUAGGUUGUCUCACUCCAGAACUCUCUGAAUUGAAAAAGCAAUAUGAAAGUGUUAGUGAUUUAUUCAAUACCAAAAAGAGUGCUUUGCAAGAUCACUUUUCUGCAUUAUUGAAUGAUCAGUGCAAGAACUUUAACGACUGGUUUAGCAACAUUGAAAUGAACCUUAAGGACUGUUUUGAACCAUCAGAAACAAAGAAGAGUGUGCAGCACAAGCUACAGAAACUUUCUGAGUUCCUGAGUCUUGAAGGAAGAGGCGGGAAAAUACAGCAGGUAGAAACAGUGCUGCAGCAUGUGAAGAAGCACCUGCCCAAAGCUCGCGUGAAGGAACUUAGCAGCUGGCUCGUGAGUCAGGAAUUCCAGUUAGAAAAGAUGGAGUCCAUAUGCCAGGCUCGAGCUCGGGAGCUCGACAGCGACCUGCAGCAGCUGCUGAGACUGGAGGAUGACUGUGGAAACCUGAGCAAGUGGUUGAUUAAUCAAGAAGAGAAAUGGAAAGAAACAGGAGAAUCAGGAGAGAAAGCUGAGCUGUUCCGCCAAGCUCUGGCCAGAAAGAGGGAACAGUUUGAAUCUGUGGCCCAGUUGAGCAGCUUUUUGAAGGAACGUGGCCUCGAGGAAGAAGAAGUCAUAAUGCAGUCAACACAUCUGAUGGGGAGAUACCAGACCUUCCUGAGACAGCUGGGGAGAACCGAGGAAGAGCCUCAGUUACCGUCCGAGGAGGGCCAGAGCUUUGACGAUCUCGCACAUGGUGUAAUUCAUUGGAUAAAGGAGAUUAAAGAGUCGCUUAUGGCUUUGAAUUCAUCCGAAGGCAAAAUGCCACUGGAAGAAAGAAUCCAAAAAAUAAAGGAAAUCAUUCUACUCAAACCUGAAGGGGAUGCCAGAAUACAGGCCAUCAUGAGGCAGGCGCAGGGUUGCGAGGCCCUGGCAGGGCAGGUCCAGGAGAUGGUGGCCGAUAUCCGUGAGCAGUGGGACAGCACACAGCACUUGGCCAGCACGUACCUGAGUCAUCAAGAAAAGCUUCUACAAGAAGGAGAAAAGUACUUGCAAAGUAAAGAAGACCUGAGAUUAAUGCUCACAGAGCUCAGGAAGAAACAGGAAGCUGGCUUUGCCCUGCAGCAUGGCCUGCAGGAGAAGAAAGCUCAGUUAAAAAUUUAUAAGAAAUUCCUCCAGAAAGCCCAAGAUUUGACGUCCUUGCUAGAGGAGUUAAAGUCUCAAGGAAACUACCUGUUGGAAUGCACUAAAAACCCCAGCUUUAGCGAAGAGCCCUGGCUAGAGAUAAAACAUCUGCACGAAAGCCUCCUUCAGCAACUACAGGAUUCUGUGCAAACGUUGGAGGGUCAUGUUCAAGAACACCACUCAUACCAGGUUUGCGUCACAGACUUGAAUACCACGUUGGACAGUUUUUCGAGGGAAUUUGUCAGUUUUUCUGAUACACCUGUGAAUCAAACAGCCAUUGAGGACAAAUUGCAGAAACUGCAGGAACUAGAGAGUAGACUCCGUUUACAAGAUGGCACCUUAAAGAAGAUUUUAGCGUUAGCGAAAUCCAUCAAGCCAAACACAUCUUCAGUGGGACAGAAGAUUAUUAAAGAUGAUAUAAAAUCACUUAAGCAUAAACAAAAAGAUUUGGAAAACAGGAUUGCGCUUGCCAAGCGGGAGACUGAAAAUUGUCUCAACAGCCUUCUCAAAUCAAAACGUUCAGCAGAGAAGCAAGAGAACUCAGCUGCACUGAACGGAGAGGCGCGGGCCACUUCUGAUGCGCUGGAGUCCACUCAGGGCUCCACGGCGGAGGGAAAGUCUGAGGGAGACUGGGACAUAAACAAGAAUUCAGCUGUGGAAAUGGUUUUGUCAAAACAACUUUCUCUCAGUGUUCAAGAAAGCAUGAAAAGCAUUGACGACGAGCAGAAAGUCAAUGAGCUGCGAAAUCAACCUUUAGAGUUAGACACUCUGUUAAGAAAUGAACAAUUAAGAGCGAUAGAGGAAUUAUAUGCCCAGUUGGAAGCAAAGAAAGAAGCCAUUGAUUCACUGGCUCAGUCCAAAUGUCUCCACGACUCCGAAACAAGCGCCUUGGGUCCCCACAAGGCAAGGUGCUCCCCUCACCACCUGGACAGUCUGCUUCAGGCCCUUACUGCUUUGAAGAAAAAUAAAGAAAGCCAGUAUAGUCUCCUUCAGGAUUUUCAGGAACGCCUCGCUGCGCUGGAGUCUUCCAUGACAGCCUCCCUGGCGGGAGAGGGAAGUCUCAAAGUGGGUGCACUGGACAGUGAAACCUAUCUGAACAAAAUUAAGAAGUUCCUGGAAUUAAUAGAAAAAGAAAAAGGCUCUUUAGUUGAUUUGCAAGUGCAGUGGGAGACAUUAUCAGAGCACAUGACUGACAUGGAUAAGAAGCUCUUGGGGAGCCAGAUGAAGCGGCUGGAGCGCGGCUGGGAACACCUGGCACACCUGGCUCAGAAGAAGUAUUCUCAGCACACGGCCGAGUGUGAUGAGUUCGCCUCCCUCAGGAGUAAGAUCCGUGACACUGAGAUUUCUCUGCAGCAGCAGCAGCAGCAGCUACUAUUAGGGCUGAAGUCGCCAGAAGAUCAGGACGGCAGCCAAAGCAUCGUCACACUGGCUGCUGAGCUCCAGGCCGCCAGGCGUGGAUUCACUGCUGUCAGGAGUCGAGCGGAAGUUCAGAUGAAGAGGUUGUGGGGAGAGAAAGAAAAGAAGAUUCUGGAAGAUGCAAUACAGAAUUUGAAGAAGCAGUUUGAAGCCUUGGAGCCAUUAAACCUAGAGGUGGAAAGUCAGAUUAAGAAGUGUGACCUAAAGAGCAAGAUGAAAGAGACUCUCUUAUGGAUCAGGAAUCUGUUGAGUGAACUCACGCUUCCCAUAUCCCUUCUCCCCGACAACAUCCUUUUCCAGAUCAGAAAAUGCAAGGUGAUGCAUGACAGCAUUCUGGACAAGCAACAGGCCAUGGAGUCCCUGGCAGAGGAGGUUCUAGCUGAGGUUCCUAACCUCACCACCCCUGAGAGAGACAAUGUAAAUAGCAUCCUGCAGGACUUACAGAACCAGUACCAAAUGCUGGUUUUACAAUCAACUCAGAGGUCACAGCAAUUAGAGUUUAAAUUGGAAGAAAGGAGCAAAUUAUUUGAAAUGAUGAAGGAGGCUCAGCUGACCCUUCAAGGACAUGAAGCACUGUUAGUUCCCAAGACAGAAGCACCCCCCACAGAAGCAGAAUUAGAGCAUCAUCAUGCCACUCUGAGGGCAUCCCAGAAGGGCCUGCAGGAAGUGGAGAGUCUGAUCUCAGCACGUCUUCGGGAACUAACAGAUGCCUCUGAGGAUCUCAGUGUGUUUGAGAGAUUGUUUUUGGAUAAUCAUUUGAAUAAUCUGAAGACGAGAGUCAGCAGAAUUCAAAGAUGCAUUCAGAGUAAGUGUAAUGAAGUGGAACACAAGAUAAGUUCUUACAGAGAAUUCCAUGAAAGAGAAUCCAUGCUUCAGAAGGAGGUUGAUAUGGUACAGCACAACAAGCUACUGCUGCAUCUAGAAACCAAUCAAGAUGCUAAGGAGGAGUUUCAGCAUUUUAAAGAGAGACUUGCUGGUGUUCGACGUAGCAUCCUAGACGUCCUGAAACUUAGGGAAGUGUUUGACCAUAUAGGUCUAAACUGGGAUGGUUCACAACUUGACCAGUUACAAACCCAAGUAUUUGAAAAAGAAAAAGAACUUGAAGAAAAAAUCAAGCAGUUAAACAUAUUUAUGGCAGAACAUGGCAAGUAUCAAGCGUCACUAAGUCAAAUGAGGGCUAUGAACUUGCAAAUUAAGAAAAAGGCUGAAUUAGUACUAAAAUCGCCUCCUCCUUUGCCAGAAAAUGAUCUGCUCAAUGCUCAAAUUUUGAUUGAGAAAAUUGAUAAAGCCAAGUGCCUGCAUAAUGACAUAAUUAAAAAAUUAAGUGAAAAUAAAGCCUUUGAUGAUUCAUUCAAAGAGAAAGAAAUUGCACAACUACAGCUGGUGACAGAAGAAAAUAAAAAGUUGCACAAGCUUCUCCAAACUUUGGUGCUAGAAUUCCAGCCAAAGGAAGUAGAUGAAAAGCAUUUUCAGGACAAAUUGGAAAAUUCUUUGCAUGUUUUACAUGGGAUAAAAUCUCAACUAGAGCAGCCUUUGCUUAUAAAUUUGGACAUUGAUCAUAUGCAAAAUGAAAAAGAUAACUGUGAAGCAUUUCAAGACCAAGUUCAUGCUGAAAUGUACAGUAUUAAAGCUAUGACUCCUCCUGAGAACCAGAGAGGGGAAAACUCUUCUGAAACUAGUGACACGGAGGCAAAAUUGCAUGACCUUGAGGAUCUUCAAAUGCAGCUUAGCAAAAGCAUUGACUUACGCACAAAUGUCUUGGAUAGUGCUUAUGAAAAUUUCACAUGCUAUAGCGAAGCAGUCAGCAGGGCCAUGGAAAUCCUUGGUUCCCUCGAGGCCAUGUUUGUGUCCUGCAGAGUGGACCUGCACAAUCCGGAGGAAGCACUAACCAGGUCUGGUUGGAAGCAAGAGGAAUUGGAAUCCAUAAUAACAGUCAUCGAGGACCUCACUGAGAAACUGGGAUCUGUGUCCAGUCCGGAGGCCAAAAUGCAGCUUGAGCACACUUUGCAGGACCUCCUUUCUAAGAGGUUGACCUUGCAAGAGGCAGCCAAAGCAGAACAAGCAAAAAUAGCUAGGUGCCUUGAGGAUUACAAAGGCUACAGAAGCAGUAAAGAGGAGAUCUGUGCUGGCUUGCAGAGAGCGGAGACCGCUCUAGGGCUGGCCAUGGUCCUGCUGCCUGCGUCUUACAAAGAAGCUUUGGAGCGCUUGGAGCAGAGCAAGGCCCUCGUGUCUGAGCUCCUAUCAACCAAAGAAGAGUUGAUGCAGCUGCGCCGGGUUGCAGGGCGCCUGAGCGGCUGCUGCACCCAGGGUGACGGCGUGAGCACGCUCAGGGCAGCCUCUGCGCUGUGGGACAGGUGGCUCUGCGUGCUGGAAGCGGCCCAAGAGUGGGCCAUGUGGAGCGAAGACCUGAAGCAGGACUGGAAGUUCAUCAGCGAGGAGGUUGAACGAGAAGCAAUUAUUCUAGAAAAUCUUCAAGAAGAACUCCCCGAAAUGUCUAAAAUGAAAGAGGCUGCCAGCACAGAGGCGCUGUCUGAGGCCCUGGCCUCUCUGUGCCAAUAUGAGGAGAGCGUGGAGGAGCAGGAGCUGUUGCUGAGGCUGCUUCUCCAGCGCAUGCAAGGCAUCCGGAACGUUCUGGAAGGCUCUGACGCAACAGGAAUGGUCCCCGCGCAUCAGGAGAUCGCGGCCAUGCGAGAACGAUGCUGCAGGCUUCUUCAGAAAGUUCAAAACAAUAAGGAACUGAUACAGACUGAAAUCCAAGAAAGACUUAACUUCACGAAAGAAAUCAUUGCUUUGAAGAUGUUGUUUCAACAGAGCACAAAUGCUUUCCAGAACAUGGCCUCAGAGGGCCGCCCCCAAAGGGCUGAGCAGCUGGAGGAGCUUCAAAGCUUUGUUGAGAAAGGGAAACUAACUUUUGGAAAUAUUAUGGAAAAACUGCGAAUCAAAUAUUCUGAGAUGUACACCAUCGUCCCUGCCGAGGUUGAGUCCCAGAUGGAAGAAUGUAGAAAGGUUCUGGAGGACAUAGAUGAGAAGAUAAGCGGUGAAGGCUUGAGGAGCUCACCAUCCUGUGUGACGGGCAGGAAAAUUGAGGAAAUUAACAGUGGGCUUCAGCAGGUUGAACAAAUGUUGCAGCAGAAAAGCAAAAACAUUGAGAAAGCCCAAGACAUUCAAAAGAAAAUGUGGGAUGAGUUAGAUCUCUGGCAUUCCAAGCUCAAUGAGCUGGAUUCAGAAGUUCAGGACAUCGUUGAACAGGACCCAGGACAGGCUCAAGAAUGGAUGGACAAGCUGAUGGUGCCUUUCCAGAAGUACCAGCAAGUAUCCCAGAGGGCAGAAGCCAGAACAUCCCAGUUAAACAAGGCCACAGUAAAGAUGGAGGAGUACAGUGACCUUCUGAGGAGCACUGAGGCUUGGAUAGAAAACACCAGUCGUUUGCUGGUCAGCCCUGCUCACUGUGACUCAUCGAAGACCCUGAGUCAGCAUGCUAGCGCCCUGCAGAUGGCUCUGGAAGAUUCUGAGCAGAAGCACAAUCUUUUACAUUCAGUUUUCACCGAUCUGGAAGAUUUGUCAAUCAUUUUUGAAACAGACGAUUUAGUGCAGUCCAUACAGGAGUUAAGCAGCCAAGUGACAGCUUUACAGCAACAAAUAGUGGAAAGCCUUCCGCAUAUCCAGCGAGUAGCUGACGAUGUGGUUGCUAUUGAAUCUGAAGUAAAAUCAAUGGAGAAAAAAGUUUCAAAAAUCAAAACUAUCCUGUUAUCAAAAGAAAUAUUUGACUUUUCACCUGAAGAACAUCUUAAGCAUGGGGAGGUCAUCCUUGGCAAUCUCCGUCCCAUGAAGAAGACCAUAGCUGAGAUAGUGUCUUACCAAGUGGAGCUGCAGUUACCGCAGCCAGAGGUGAACCCACUGCCUGUGUUUCAGAGGACAAAUCAGCUUUUACAGGAUGUAAAGCUCUUGGAAAAUGUGACUCAAGAACAAAAUGAAUUAUUAAAGAUAGUCAUAAAACAGACCAAUGAAUGUGAUGAAGAAAUAGAAAAUUUGAAGCAGAUCCUAAGUGAUUAUGCAGCCGAGUUCUCCCUUGGACACACCUCCCCAGACCAGGCCACCGACUUGCCAGCAGUUCAGGAAGAAAUUGAAGCUGUGGAAAAGCAGGUUCUGAGGUUAAACCAGAAAAAGGAAGAUCUACUAGUGGACUUGAAGGCGGCCAUCCUGACCCUCCACGAGCAUUUGAAGCAAGACCAGCAGGAAGCAGAGAGAGCCGGGCAGUCUGCCACCACCUCAGAGGACAGAGCGGCUGAGAGAGAGGCUCUGGAGUGGAAGCGGGACCGAACGGGCUCCAUGUCCUUCCUGCCAGCCGUGGAGGAGGAAGCCGAGGAAAGCCCUGUGCAAAGUGAAGAUGGAUGCGAGGAAGCCAGGCCAUCUGCAGGGUCUCAGCCUUUCCUCUGGGAGCAGGACGAGGACCUGGAGGGCAAUGGGGCGGCCUCGUCCUCUGCAACAGUCAUCCAGGAGGCAGAGAGAAAAAUCAGCACAUGUGACCGUUCCAUGAUGCAGAUUCUUGCACCUGACUCACCAGUCACAGAGCAAGACCCAGAAUUCUCCGCGGGGCUCAGCCAGACAGGAGAUGCUGCCACACUUCCGACCGAGGCUGCAGCUCUGGACUUUGCAGUGGAGCAGGGACCUUUGAGACCCACGGUGGAGCCAGCGGAGCCGCGGCCUGCAGAAGUCCUUCAUGUCUGCCAGACUCAGGUGGCCAAGCUGGAGCUGUGGCUGCAACAAGCCAGCGUGGCAUUUGAGCCAGAAACGUUAAACACAGACAUGCAGCAGGUGGUGGAGCAGGAGCUGGUUGGGUGCCAGGCUAUGCUGACAGAGAUUGAGCAGAAGGUUGCCUCUCUGUUAGAGACUUGCAAAGAUCAGUGCCUGGGAGAUAGUGGAACAAUUCAACAUGAAGCUGAAGUUCUUUCCCUGAAACUCAGAACUGUGAAGUGCAAUUUGGAAAAAGUCCAGAUGAUGCUUCAGGAGAAGUACAGCGAGGACCAGUUUCCGACCAUUCUAAAAAAACCUUCAGAACAUCUCAAAUUUCUGCGGCCUGUUCACCUUUCAGAACUGGAGUUUAUUGUAACUGAAAGGCCACAGUUUAGCAGAUUAAAAGAUGUCCCACAGCCACAGGUUCUAGAGUUAAAGCCAAUGGAACAGAGAGAUUUAAUCAAAUUCAUAGAAUUUAAUGCUAAGAAAACAUGGCCACAGGAUUGCCAACAGGAUGGAAGUACCACUCAGGAAUCAUCUACAAGGGGCAAAGCAUCCGACUCUGAGAACGAAGCCCCAGACUCCACCUCCGCCUCGCAGGGCCAGCGCAGCAGUGACAAAUGGCAGUAUCUUCUUCACAAGCUGGCAUCGAGGAGGCGGCUGCCACCGCCUCAGGUCGUGGAGCCCCAGAUUACCACAGGAGUAGGUGUUCUACCCAGUGUACGUGUGUGUAGCUUCAAAUACCCUACGAUUGAAGAGCUGAAAACCUAUACUACCCUACUGGAAGACCUGCGCCAGGAAGCUAAUGACCUUCAGACACAGGAAAAUGUGACAGCAGAGCCAUAUGUCAGUUUGGACAAGAAGUUAUUUGACCUCUGCUUGACGCUCAGUCAGUGCCUGGGGAGUGUGGAGGAGCUGCUGCAGACCCCAGGGCUGCUGCGGGAGGACACGCACAGCCAGCAGGCACACUGCGAGGAGCUGGCUCUUGAGCUGAAGAAACUGUAUUUGGCUCUGGGUGACAAGAAGGACGAUCUUUUGAAAGCUGUGACGUGGCCUGGCAAGAAUGCUAGUUUGUUCCUUGACUGUUUCAAUGACCUCCAACUCUACCUGGAGCAUGUACAGGCAAAGGCUGCCUGGAGGAGCAAGUCCCUGAAAGCUGGCCUCGACUACACCCACAGCUAUCAGAAUGAAAUAAAACGAUUGUAUGAUCACCUCAUCAAGAGUAAGACAGCCCUUCAGCAGUCUUUGAAUGAGAUCAGUGGCCAGAGUAUUGGUGACCAGCUCCAGAAAGCAGAUGCAUACACAGCAGAGCUGCAAAAGUCUGAGAAUCGAGUGGCCAAACUCAGAGACGAAGGGGAGAGGCUUGGUUUCCCUUCCACAGUCCUGCAGGAGGUGCACAAGUUAGAGGACAUACUUGACAGCAUGUGGGGCAUCCUCAGAGCUCGGUACUUGGAACUCAGCAGCCCUUUCAACUCUGAGAGCCAGCUGGAUGCUUUGCUGCAGGGCCUGGGGGAGCUUGUCAGUAUCGGACAGGAAAAGCUUGUACAGGGCCACUUACAACAAGCCAAAAGUAAAGCUGCUUUACAGGCCCAACUACAAAGUCACAAGGUAUUUUUCCAGAAGCUUGUUGCCGACAUGCUGUUGAUCCAAACGUACUCUGCCAAGAUGUUUCCUUCUUUAUUACAAAAGAGAGAGGCAUUUUGGGCAGAACAAGUAUCAGAAAUCAAGUCCCUAGAAGACAAGGCACAGCAGUGUGGCGUGAAGCUGCAGAGUUUGCUGCAGAAAUGGGAAGAAUUUGAUGAAAAUUACGCAUCCCUUGAAAAGGACCUGGAAAUUCUUGUCUCUACAUUCCCUUCUGUGAAUUUGGUGGAAGAAACCGAGGAAAGACUGAUGGAGAGGAUUUCGUUGUACCAGCAAAUCAAAAGGAACAUUGAAGGAAAGCAUGCCCGGCUGUACCAAACCCUGAGUGAAGGCAGGCAGCUGGCAGCCUGUGUGAGCUGUCCGGAGCUGGAGGGCCAGAUCGCCCGGCUGGAGGAGCAGGGACUGGCGCUGAGCAGGAAAACGGACCACGAGCUCCACAGACUGCAGACGCUGCUCAAGCAUCUGCUCAGUUAUAACAGGGAUUCGGAUGAAUUAACCAAGUGGUUGGAAUCUUCUCAGCAAACUUUGAAUUACUGGAAAGAGCAGUCCCUCAAUGUGUCUCAGGACUUGGAUACAAUCAGAAGCAACAUAAAGAAAUUUUUUGACUUUUCCAAGGAAGUUGACGAGAAGUCCUCCCUGAAGUCUGCAGUUGUGAGUACUGGGAAUCAACUUCUGCACCUCAAAGAGGCAGACGCCGCUACGCUGAGAGCUGCUUUAGCACAGUUUGAACAAAAAUGGACACUGCUCAUCACUCAGCUUCCAGAUAUUCAAGAAAAGCUUCACCAGCUUCAGAUGGAGAAAUUGCCAUCUCGUAAAGCAAUCACAGAAAUGAUUAGCUGGAUGGACAAUGUGGAACAUCAAAUGGCGGCUGAAGAUUCUGUGUGCGCCCCAAGUUCUGCAUCUCAAGUGAAAAGACUUCUUCGGAAGCUUAAGGAGUUUAGAAUGGAAAUGGACUACAAACAGUGGAUCGUUGACUUUGUUAACCAGUCACUACUUCAGUUAAGCACGUGUGAUGUAGAAAGCAAGCGCUACGAAAGAACGGAGUUUGCAGAGCACCUGGGCGAGAUGAACCGCCAGUGGCACCGGGUCCACGGGACCCUGAACGGAAAGAUACAACAUUUAGAACAACUUUUAGAAAGCAUCACUGAGCAUGAAAACAAAAUACAGAUCUUGAACAACUGGUUGGAGGCACAGGAAGAGAGGCUAAAGACUUCUGAGAAACCUGCCAGUGUGCUGUCCAUUGAGAAGCUGCUCCUGGACUGUCAGGACAUAGAAAACCAACUCGCGAUUAAAUCCAAAGCCCUGGAGGAGUUGAGGCAAAGCCAUCUGACUCUGGAGAGUGGGGCCACACCGUGGUUAGAAGAUCCGGCAUCUGGAGUUGAUGGGUUCUUCCAGAAGAGGAGCAGUGUGCUGGAUGAGGUCGCCCGGCUCAGGGCCUCUGUACAGUCAGUGCUGGCGGCCCAGAAGACCUGCGAGAAGCUCUAUGAGGAGGUGUGUGGCACUGUAGUCCGGUUCAGGUACCGCGCAGAGCAUAGCAAGCCCGAGACGCCAUCCCUGGAGGCCCUGGCGAGCCAGGUGCAGACGCUGCAGUGUCUUCAAGAUGAAGCUGAGAGCAGUGAGGGGAAUUGGGAGAAACUGCAGGAGGUCACCGCCAAACUCAAAGAGUCCUGCCCCUCGGUUGCCGAAAUAAUCGAAGAGAAAUGCCAGCACACUCGUGCAAGGUGGACCCAGGUAAACCAAGACCUUGCAGAUGAGCUGCAGAGGGCCAGCGGGCUACUCCAGCUCUGGAAGGCCUAUCACAGUGCCCAUACAGAAGUCACAGCCAAGCUGGAGCAGCAGGAAGCCAAGUUUCAACAGCUUUCAAAAAUCAACACAUCUGGAAACAACCUGGCAGAGACCCUACCACUGGCCCUGCAGGACAUACAGGAGCUGCAGCACCACGUGCAGAAGACCAAAGAAGCCGUGCUCCAGAAUUCCACCCUGCUGGAGCGGCUCCCACAGCCUGCGGAGACCAGUGUCCCUGAGCUCCUUUCCGGGCAGCAGCAUGCCCUCCAGAGAGCUGCUUAUUUGGAAAAGAUGCUGCUUAUGAAAGCCAGUGAAUUCGAGUUUGUUCUUUCACAGUUCAAGGAAUUUGGAGACCAGCUGGAAUCUUUACAGGAUCUUAUUAUACGUGAGGAAGAGAAUUUGGAUAAACUUUACCAGCUAGAAAAAGAAGAAAAUCCUGACUCAUUCCUGAAUCAUGUGCUGGCGCUGACAGCCCAGGCUCCUGCCAUCGAGCGUCUGAAUGAAGUCAGCCUCAGGCUCCCGCUCAGUGAUGUGGCCGUGAAGACUUUGCAGCAGGUGAACCGGCAGUGGGUCCGGGCCACAGCCACUGCCCUGGACCGCUGCAGUGAGCUUCAGGGAAUUGGACUCAAUGAAAAGUUUCUUCGUUACUGUGAAAAGUGGGUCCUCCUGUUGGAGAGGUCAGAAGAGGCGCUCAGAGAGAAUGUUGCCAACAGCCUUCCAGCUCUCCGGGAGCAGCAGAAAACACUGGAGAUGUUAGAAGCUGAAGUUUCUAUAAGCCAGCCCAUUGCUGAUUCUUACAUUACCCAGUCUUUACAGCUCCUGGACACAACUGAAAUAGAGAAGAGACCAGAAUUUGUCUUGGAAUUCUCAAAGCUAGUGGACCGGUGGCAGAGCGUGGGCCAGGGCAUUUGGCAGAGGAAAUGCGAGGUCACCGGGCGGGUGCAGCAGCAGCAGUCCUUCUCCACCGCCACAGAGGACCUGCUCCGCUUCCUCGGGGCCACCAGCCUCCUGCUGUCUGCAGUGAAGGGCCAGGACCGCUAUAGCCUCCUGCAGACCAGAGAGCUGACCCAAGAGCUGAAGAACAAAGAAAUCCACUUUCAGAGACAGCAGACUACCUAUGCACUGGCCGUGGAAGUAGGGGAGAAGCUACUAAACACACUUGACCAGGAAACACAAGAGUCAGUUGACAGGAGAAUUAGUCAGCUUCGGGACAGCUGGGACGACACAAAGCGGCAGCUGGGAUUGCUGCUUAAACAGCUCCAGAGCACUGGAGAGACCUGGGACCAGUGUGAAAGAAAAAUCAAGGAGUUGAAAAGCAGGCUGCAAGUUCUAAAAGCACAAAGUAAAAAUCCUCUUCCAGAGCUUCAUGAGGACCUCCAGAAAGAAAAAGAGCUGAUUAAGGACCUGGAGAAGUCUUUGGCUAACUGGAGUCAGAACUUGAAAGAACUUCACACCAUGAAGGCUGACCUUGCCGCGCACGUCCUGGCCGAGGACACGAUGGCUCUGAAGGAGCAGAUUGAGCACUUGCACAGACAAUGGGAGGACCUCUGCCUCAGAGUGGCCGCCCGCAAACAGGAGAUCGAGGACAGACUCAGCUCAUGGAUUGUGUUCAAUGAAAAGAAUAAAGAGCUGUGCGCGUGGCUGGUGCAGAUGGAAAACAAAGUUCUGCAGACAGCAGAUAUUAGCAUUGAAGAAAUGAUUGAGAAGUUACAGAAGGACUGCAUGGAGGAAAUAAACUUGUUCAGUGAAAACAAGUUACAGUUCAAGCAAAUGGGUGACCAGUUAAUCAAGGCCAGCAACACAGCAAGAGCGGCUGAGAUCAAUGACAAGCUCCACAAAAUCAAUGAUCGUUGGCAACAUCUUUUCGAUGUCAUUGGAUCCAGGGUGAAGAAGCUGAAGGAGACGUUUGCUUUCAUCCAGCAGUUAGACGGAAACAUGAGCAAUCUUCGCACCUGGUUGGCACGAAUCGAGUCGGAGCUGUCUAAGCCUGUUGUUUAUGAAGUCUGUGACGACCAGGAGAUCCAGAAAAGGCUCGCGGAGCAGCAGGACCUGCAGCGAGACAUCGAACAGCACAGUGCAGGGGUGGAGUCUGUGUUUAACAUCUGUGAUGUCCUAUUACACGACUCUGACGCCUGUGCCAACGAGACUGAGUGUGACUCGAUCCAGCAGACCACCAGAAGCCUGGACAGACGCUGGAGAAACAUCUGUGCCAUGUCCAUGGAGCGGCGCAUGAAAAUCGAGGAGACGUGGCGUCUAUGGCAGAAGUUUUUAGAUGAUUAUUCCCGCUUCGAAGACUGGCUGAAGUCUGCCGAGAGGACGGCAGCCUGCCCCAACUCCUCAGAGGUGCUGUACACAAGCGCCAAGGAGGAGCUGAAGAGGUUUGAGGCCUUCCAGCGGCAGAUCCACGAGCGGCUCACCCAGCUAGAGCUCAUCAACAAGCAGUACCGGCGGCUGGCACGCGAGAACCGCACGGACACCGCCAGCAGGCUGAAGCAGAUGGUGCACGAGGGGAACCAGCGCUGGGACAACCUCCAGAGACGCGUCACGGCUGUGCUGCGGAGGCUCAGGCAUUUCACCAACCAGAGGGAAGAAUUUGAGGGCACCAGGGAGAGCAUUCUGGUGUGGCUCACCGAGAUGGACCUGCAGCUCACCAACGUGGAGCACUUCUCUGAGAGCGAUGCCGAUGACAAGAUGCGACAGCUGGACGGCUUUCAGCAGGAAAUCACGUUAAACACCAACAAGAUCGACCAGCUCAUUGUGUUUGGGGAGCAGCUGAUUCAGAAGAGCGAGCCCCUGGAUGCAGCGCUGAUUGAAGACGAGUUGGAGGAGUUGCACCGCUACUGUCAGGAGGUGUUCGGCAGGGUCUCCCGCUUCCACCGGCGCCUCACGGCCCGCACACCGGGCUUGGAAGAGGAAAAGGAAGCGUCUGAGAAUGAGACGGACAUGGAAGACCCCAGAGAGAUCCAGGCCGACGCUUGGCGUAAACGGGGCGAGAGCGAGGAGCCCACCUCUCCCCAGUCCCUCUGCCAUCUUAUGCCCCCGACUCUGGGCCACGAGCGAUCUGGCUGUGAGACCCCCGUCAGUGUGGACUCCAUCCCGCUGGAGUGGGACCACACAGGUGACGUGGGGGGCUCGUCCUCUCACGAAGAAGACGAGGAGGGCCCGUACUACAGCGCCGUGUCAGAUGUAGAAAUCCCUGAAAAUCCUGAGGCAUAUCUUAAAAUGACCACAAAAGCUUUGAGAGCAUCUUCUGGUAAAUCCAUUUCUGAUAGCCACUCAUGGCAUGUUCCUGACAGCCCUUCCCCUGCCAAGCAUCGCUACAAACAAAUGGAGGAGGAUAGGAGUGAGCCACCCAUUCCCUCAGAUGCCAGCACCCCAUAUAAGCAGCCCUAUGUAAAACUGUUACAGCCCAGAAUUCAUGGUGGCAAAGAAGGCGCAAGAGUCUUGAAUGGCAGCCACCAGCAAGAAGAAGAGCAGCAGCUGGCCAGCGCGGCAGGGCAGCAGUCAGGUGCCUUUGACACGUGGGAGCUGAUACAAGCCCAAGAGCUUCACAGUAAGCACAGAAUAAAACAAAAUAUGCAACAGCUGAACUCGGUUAUCAGCGACAUCACUGCUUGGCUAGAAAAAACUGAAGCAGAGCUGGAAGCUUUGAAGAUGGCAAAGCCUCCCUCUGAUAUCCAGGAGCUGGAACUCAGAGUGAAGAGACUACAGGAGAUAGUAAAAGCUUUUGACACCUACAAGACUUUAAUGGUCUCUGUCAACGUGAGUGCCAAGGAAUCUCUGCCGAGCGAGAGCGCUGAGGCCUCAGAGCUGCACCAUAGACUGUGCCAGCUGAACCUGCACUGGGAGACGGCCCAGGGCAAGAUGGACAGCUGGAGGGAGACAUUGCGGCAGUCGCUCCUGCAGUGCCAGGACUUCCACCAGCGGAGCCAGAGCCUGCUGCUGUGGCUAGCCAGUGCUGAGGAACAGAGGCAGAAGGCUCUCGUCACCGACCCAAAGGCUGACCACCAGGAUCUCCUGCGCUGCCAGAAACAACUCAUGCAACUGGAGAAGGAGCUCGCAGAAUGCCAACCCCAUGUAAACUCCUUACACGAGCUUUCCACCAGCCUUCUUGUGAAGGGGAACGGAGAAGACUACAUUGAGGCUGAAGAGAAGGUCCACGUUAUCAAGAAGAAACUCCAGCAGUUACGUGAGCAAGUAGCCCGGGAUCUGCUGUCCUUGCAGAGAAGCCAGAACCCAGACCCAGCUCUGCCUGACUUUGAUGAAGUGGACUCUGGGGACCAGCCUCCUGCAGCAUCUGCGCCAGCUCCCCAAGCCAAGCAGUUCCUCGCAGAGGGGAUCACGGAGGACGAGGACAACAGUGACGGCAGGGUGUCUGGUCCCGCUGGCCCCAGCAGCACAAAGCCUCGGCGCUCCUUCCUGUCACGCGUGAUCCGGGCGGCGCUCCCCCUGCAGCUGCUCCUGUUGCUGCUGCUGCUUCUGGCCUGCCUGUUGCCUGCCUCCGAAGAGGACUACAGCUGUACCCAGGCCAACAACUUCGCCCGCUCCUUUUACCCCAUGCUGAGCUACACCAACGGGCCGCCCCCCACCUAGUGGGCUCCGCAGGGCCGCCCCCCACCUAGUGGGCUCCGCAGGGGCCCAGCACCACACCAACAGCCUGUCUGCCACAGGGGCCCAGCUAGAGGUACAUGAUCAAUCUGUCAGAGACUCAUGUUGGCAAGGCCGGGACCUGUUGCAGGCGCCUCCCUCUGGGAUUGCCCAGGCCAGGGAACCUGGCAGCAGCUGCCCUGGGCAUUCUGGCAAAGCUAGUUGACUGGUUGAGCAGACUCUGGAAAGGGCAGUUUCCCAAAGAGCCAAGCACAAAUGAGUCAGGAUUCACAGCAUUAUUUUAAUGUAGUUAAUAUGGCCCAGGAGCAGUGGCACUCAUCCCGUUGUGUAUAUUAGAGAUACAGAGUCUGUCUCAGGUGGUUCAGAGACUCAGAUACACCCUGAGCUCUGAUGGGCCAAAAACAAUCAUUUUAAAUGAAUAGCAGCAGUUUUCGUCCAAUCAGCUAGCAAGUUGGAGCUAUUGGUUCUAAGCCAAAAUGUUCCGUUCAGUACCCAGGCUUGCUCUUUUAUAGUGCUCUAAAUUUUUUUAAAAACUUUAUUGCAUGGAUGUGGUUACCUGUGCAUAUUUUUUAACAAUGCUGAAUCUGUAUAAAUAAUGUAAACUUUGAUUUUUUUAAAAAAAUUGAUUUUUAGCUCAAGCUUUUCACUACUGUACAGUAAAUGCCAAACUACAGACUUGAUAGGGAUGUUUUUAUAAGUUAAUUUUAUAAGACUUCAAAGAGACACUUCUGGUGUGGUUGAACUGUUUGGCCACAGGGGGAAGGGGUUGAUACAAAAACUUGAAGCUGUUUGUGGUAUGUAUAACUCAAGCUGUUUCUCAAUAAAACACAAAAUGAACCAAA